AUGGAAGCAGUAGUGAGACUGAGGAGAAUCAGGAAUGGAAUGACAAGUAUCUUCAAGAGCGUGGUAUAAGGAAAUCUGUGAAAAAGGAGAUCAAUGACACAGAACCGUGCAGCAAGAUUUUUGGUCACACAACACUUGAUAAUAAUAAGAAAUACAUGCUUUGGGAGGUUGCUGAACAAACACCAAGGCAGGAGCUGUUUGACAAGCAUUGGAAGAGGAGAUCAGGCUCUGUCCGAGAUCAGAGAUCUCACGAUAAUUGCUGGACAUAUGCUGGAACGGAUUUGUUUAGUGCUUGGCGUCUAAUCAAUAAAAAAGAUGAAGAGUUCCGCACUUUUAGUGCAAGAUACCUAACUUUUUAUGCUAGCAAGAUGAUGCGGUGGGUAGCAUCAACUGAGAGUAAAAGAAAGAAGAGUCACCACUGUCAUGGGUUUACAAUUGCUAAGACGUUACAGUUCAUACAAGAGAAUGGUGUCCCAGAAGAGGAUCCUGCAGAUUCUGAAAGGGAUUUCAGUUGCAUCACAGACGCUCCAGAAGAAAACGCUUCAAAUAUGUACAAGAUACCCGAAGAAGUGGAAAUUCGUGUAUCUGACAAAUUAGAAGAUUUAUAUGAGAUGCUACUGGAUCAACCAGUUGGAGCAGACCUUCACUUUUUUCACCCGGAAUUCAGUAAUAUUGGCUCAGACAUUUAUGAAGGGCCUAAAAGUGAGAUCUCUAUUUAUAGUGAACUACACACUGUGCUAAUCGUCCGAGUUAGAAAACAUAAAGGAAAACUGGUGGCUAUUGUUAAGUCAAGCCAUGGUAAAGGAAAAGGGAAAAAAGGGUACAUGAAGGUUUCACUCACAAAAAUGGUUCUAGGUAUAGGAAGAGAUAACGAAAUAAUGUCUCCAUCCUUCCUACUUACUAACUUCACAUGUCUAGUAAUACCAAGAGCUCUGGACAAACCAAAAUCAGAGAAAGAGAUAAAGAAAAGGAAAUUGGGUUCUUGUCGUCUUCCUGAGGUUGAUCCGGAGACCUCAGUUCAGUUGCUGGAAGAACCUUAUUUGGAAGCAGUGGACGAUUUGCUGUUGCAAUUGCUAGUGGAAGCUUCUCCACAAGACAAGAAGUUUGUAUGUGAAGAAGCAGACAAAGCGCUAAACACGAUGGUUAACUCAGUGGCUCGCUUGCCUCUUUUGCGUAAGCUCCAAACUUAUGUCUGCCAGAGAAACCCUUGUGUCAGGGCCAAAGCAGCUGUGUUUACUUCCAACUGCGUUUCUAAAAUGGAGCUAAGUGAAAUUGAAGAAUUUGGGAUGGUUCUGAUCGUGCAAAUGGCUGCGGAUCUGUUGAGUGACAAGAUGCCAGAGGCAAGGGAAGCAGCGAGGAGUAUGGUCAACUCUGUUUACAAUAAAUUUACAUGCAAUGGAGAGGAAAAAGAAGAACAAGGAAAUAGAAAAGAAGCUUGGCAGAAGUUCUGUGAAAAGAAUGUGACAGGGCCCAAUGCACAAGCCAUGGUCAAGAUCGUCUCAUCUCCAUAAAUUUCUAAAGAAGAAAUAUACAAGAAUACGUUUUCACAUGAUAUAACAAUCGUUCUGUUUCCCCUGCUCUUACUGUGUAACUGUCCUCUGAAUUACACAGUGUUUGUUCCACGAAAAAUUGCUAAUCAAGCUCCACGAAAUGUCGUCGUUGUGGCCUCAUUGUUGUGUGGGUGGGAUAAACAACCCCAAUAUUAAAAUGUUU